UGUACAGAUGCAGCGGAAACAAAUAUGGCUGACGAGGAGGGUCAAAGUGCUCCUGUAACACAAGAAGAAGAACAAAAACAAGAUGAUGUUGUUGCAGAGCCAGUGAAGGAGGGAGAGGGCGAAACGCAAGAACAAGUAGAAACUGAAACUAAAGUAGAAGCCCAAAAGGAUGAAGACACAGAGAAAGAUAAUACUGGAGCACCGACUGAACAAGCUGAUACAACUGAGGAAACACCUCAAGAUGUAAAUGAAAAUGCUGGAGGUGCCCCAGAAGGCGAAAGUAAGGAAGACGGACAGCAAGAAAGUACUUCAGCACCACCAGCAGAACCCACAGCGCCAGACACUACAGAAGGGCCUGGGGAGGAGGCACAGCAACAACAAGAAGUAUCGGUAGAGGGUGAAGCUAAAACUGACCCAGCAGAGAAAGAAGAGGAUAAUACACAAGAAACAGUGCAAGAAGGAGAGAAUUUGGUACCAGUAUUCACAACAGAUACAUCAAUGGAUGUAGAACAACCAAAACCAAGUGAAGUAAGUGAACAAGCACCUACUGAGGUUCCUACAGAGGCCCCAACCACUGAGGCUCCCCAAGAGGCACCAACCUCUGAAGCUCCCACAGAGGCCCCACCCACUGAGCCCCCCACAGAGGCCCCACCCACUGAGGCUCCAAAAGAGCCCACACAGACAGAAAUAUCUCAACAACAAAGUGAAACAGCUGGUCCAACGGAGGCAACUGUCCAAAGUCCACGCACUGUUACCCGUGAAAAAACACUGUCUCCUCCGCCACCAACUGAAACCAUGGGCACAAUGAGCACACAACAGGAACCACCUCCUGAAACAAAUGUGAUUCCAGAUGCUCCGAAAAUUCCAGUUGUUGAGAGGGAACCUUCACAGAUUGAAGGCACAAUGUCAAAUACAGCACUGAAUGUUGUGUGGUCAUUUGGACUGAACAGGAAUAUUCCAGUGAAGAACCUCACUGACAAUAACAGGAAGCUGAUCAUGUAUGCCUGUGCACAUGUUGGUGUUUUAUAUGACUACGAGGCUAACCGUCAACAUAUUCUACAGGGUCAUGCAAAUCCUUUGACAUGUACAUGCAUUAGCGAGGAUAAGCGUUGGCUGGCAACUGGAGACAAAGGCAGGGACAGUAUGGUCAUCAUCUGGGACACUUACACAGGGGUACCUGUACAAACAAUUUUCGAUGAUGACCAGGAAGGUGGUGUUGUUGCAAUGGCAAUGACCCCUGAUGCUCGUUACCUAGCAACACUUAGUUCUGCAAAGAAGCAGAUCUUGGCUAUCUGGGACUGGACAGUUGAUGGGGAGAAUCCCAUGUGCACAGCUGAACUGAGUCCAAAUUAUGGUGUACAGAAUUUUAUAAAAUUUAAUGAAGAGGACAUCCAUUACCUUGUGACAAACAGUGACUCACAAGUUGUUUUCUUCCACUGGAGUGACAAACACAUGGAGUACUUUGCUCCGCCACUCACAGACCAAGAUUUUAACAAACCUGUGGGACGCUACAGUCAAUCUAUCUUCCAGCGGAAUAGUUCCAGGGUGUACUCUGGAACCUCCAUUGGAAAUCUUGUUGUGUGGGACAAUAACAAACCAGUCACAAAACUAAAAAGUAUGGAGCUUUCUGCCAACAAAAAAGCUCUGAAAAUAAUUCGCCUUCAGGAGAGAGGAAUCAAUGUCCUUCAAACGACUGAAAAGUACAUAGUAGUUGGAGAUAUGGCCGGACAUGUAAAAUUCUUUGACGAAAGUCUAAAACUGGUACACUGGUAUCAAGAUUUCCAUCUGGGACCCAUUACAUCCGUCUCAUUUGCAUACAGUACAGAUUUCCAAGCAGUAGCCAAAGAAGGAACAAACUAUCCCCCUGAUGCGACCAUUGAGGCCAAGAAAUUUGUCAUCAAAGAUUUUGUGGUUGGCAGUAGUAUUGCAGUUGUUGGAAGCAUCACAGCAGAUGGCACCAAGGUCAAGGUGAUACACAGAGAACAUGACGCAGCAAUUCAUGCCUUGACAGCACAUCCCAGACAACCAUACAUUGUGAUUGGAAGUUACUCUGGUCUUCUGAAGAUUUGGGAUUACGAAAAGAAGCAAGUCAUGGUCUCAAGAACAUUUGAAAAAGGAAAUCUGAUUCGUUGCUGCUCUUAUGAUCCCAAAGGAGCUUACAUUGCUGUUGGAUUUGUGAAUGGUUCAGUAAGAAUAUUGGACUCCAUCACUUUGAGAGAUGAAAUCGCUGAACCUUUCCGAUACGCACGAGAUGCUAUUACACACAUAGCUUUCUCCCAUGAUUCCAAGUUCCUUGCUACAGCCGAUGCAGAAUUCACAAUGACAUUAUUUAGGCGACAACGGGGUGCCACUGAGCCCUACAUCUACUUAGGCCGAUACCGAGCUCACUACAAACCUAUUAAGGAUAUUAUGUUUGGAGUUCAUCUUGAUACUGAUCAGCCUCGAUUGCUUUCUCUUGGCAUGGAUCGAGUCCUGGUGGAGUAUGAUCUUGAAAAUAGUGACCAAGAUGAUAUUCGGAUCUCAAGCACUGAUAGGAUAGAACAGAGUGCUGUCCCACAAUGCAUGGCAUGGUAUCCACCAAUCACAAAAGAGCAUUUUAUUGUAACAGCCAAUGACCAGUUUAAAUUCAAGCUCUACAAUGCAACCACAAAAAUGUGCAGGAAAACACUACUGGGACCAACCUAUGGCAGUCCUAUACAGAAACUGAGCGUAUUGCCGACCAAGGAUCCAGCACGAGACAAACGCUACAUGGUAUAUGUCACUAAAUACAAGGUGGGACUUCACAUUUUGCCGCUGGAUGGAAACCCACACAAUGCAAUGGCUCUAAUUGCACAUCCAGCAGAGGUAGCAAAUAUGGCCUGCAGUCAUGAUGGAAAAUAUAUCUUCACCUCUGGAGGAACAGACUCGACGGUCCAUAUGUGGGAGAUUAAUCUCAAAGCUUUAGAAGCACAAUCACGGCUUGGAGGUGAAGAUCUUGUACCUUUCUACGGACUACUAGAAGGUGGUAGAGAAGGUGAACUGUUCGCUGAACUAGAAGACUAUUUCUACUAUGCUCAGAUAAGAAAUAAAGGCGUGAAUGAUAUGGGAAGAAGAGAGGUAACUACAAAGAUCCCGUUAUCUGAAGUUCCGUUUGUGAUGAGGGCUAUGGGGUUCUAUCCUUCAGAGCAAGAGAUUGAGGACAUGUUGAACGAGGUGAAAUUCAGUCGAUACGUAGAGACAGGACAAUAUGUCGACUCAAUAGAUCUGGGAGAAUUCAUCAAGUUGUACACAAACCAUCGUCCAGCAUUUGGUCUUGAUCCUGAGAAACUUGUUGAGGCAUUUGAUGUCCUUGGGAUAGCAACGCCUAAAGGCAGUGCCAUUGAGAGAGGCGAUCUUCUUGACUACCUACAAACAAAAGGUGAACACAUGACAGAGUAUGAGCUUGCAGAGUAUUUGACGACAUUGUUAGGCUUUAAUGCAGAAGGUGGGAGCAGCGAGCUUCAGGAGUUUGACUCAUCACAAGCUGGUGAUGUUAUUGAUCAGAAUCUUCCUCAUCAGAUCACAGCUGACAUGUUCUCUAAGGAAGUGUUGGGGUUUUCUAUGUACAACGAGACUCCUCAGAGUGAAAUAUAA